AUGAGGCCCGCUGGCGAGGCUUCAAUCGUGGUGGACUGUUUGGGGCGUAAGUUGCGGGGCCUGGUGAAGGUCCAACCCUUCGCUGGCGAAGGCGGCGAAGGUCCCCCGCAGUUCGCCAAGGAGCGGGUGCAGGUUGAAGCUGCGGAUGACUUGUUGCCCUUGAUCACUGGCACCAAAAAGUUGUACAUGACUGGAGCACCGGCUGGAGAUGAGGAGAUUAUCUGCAGGGAACGAACUUUGGUGGCUCAGUGGUUGCAGAGAAAGUUGCAGCCCCAAUUUGAAACUCCCAUUGAGGUCACCAGUGCGAGCGCCUCGCAUCACGGCAAAGUCCUGGCGCGAUUUGCUGGGUCAGAAGAGCCAUCCAAGAGCUGGCAGCGAUUUUACAGCACUUUUCAUAUUGAUCAUAAGCAAAACACCGCUUCCAUGGAGGAAGGGGUGCAAGUGAAUGUGUGGUUGAACCUGUCGGAGCAACCCAUCUCAGAUUUCAACCUGGGUUUUCUUCAGCGUGCGGGAUGCAUCAUGGCAGGUGGAGAGUUGCCAUUGCUGACGCAGGAGGAUUUGGAAGAGGUGACCAUUCGCUACCAGGCAGAACUCACCAAGGAUCAGGCCUUGAUCUUUCAGUCCACUGGUGCGCAAUCCGUGGUGCACGGCUGCUUUCGCUUCCAGGAUGUGGAUCAAUUGACCCACGCCCCUCGUUACUCCUUGGAGUUUCGCUUGCUCCUGCGACAGCUGCGAGUUUCGCUGCCGGAACCUUGCAGAGGCCACAACGGCCACAACGGCCACAACCACAGUUGA